CAGUGUGUCGUGAAACGUUGUGUAGGCGGUAGUGUGCCGCUCCGCCCCGUGACCUAGGUUGAUCAAGAUACAUAAUUAAGGAAAAUUAUGUUAGGAUAUGAGAGAAAAUGGUGUAAUGAGACCGUCUUAAAAUUACCCCCCAGACUUGUAAAUAUCUAGCAACUCAAGAGGUCCUGGAUUUUUUUUUUUUAUACAAUACCUAAAUCUACUGGAAUCCCAAAUAUCAAAUUAUCUAACCAACAGCAACAAAAAACUGACAUGAAUGAAUAAACUGAAUUUUAGAGGAGUGAAUCCAGUUUACAAAUUAGAUUAUUGGGUCUGGUUUACUACAAGCGUGACUCGGGAAGUUAGAAAUCGGCAAAUAUUUCUUCGGGUUCAGAUAAUGAAAAUCAAAAACAAGGAAAGUCUCGGGAAGCAAGGGUGAACCCGGGCCCAGGUCACCAAGUACACUUACCCUACAAAUUACCAAAAUGCAGAUAAUUAAGGUGCUGCUGCUUUUGGUCCUGGCGACGGUGGCUGCCGAUGCUUUCAUCUGGCCUAGAUGGCUCCCACGACCCACUAACAGACGUAGGCCUCAAGGGUCAUUGUGGUGGCAUGAAAAGUCAAAGGAGCGUCGGCAACAUACCCGCAAGACGCCAAGAUCCCCAGCAGCAGGCAGGCAGCGAUCCCAGGCCCCCAGCCGAGCCACCCUCACUGUGGUCCGUGCUGCAACCCAACUUGGUCUCCCAGAGGAUCCUGAAUUUACUCGUCACCUGUGCCUGACAACAGAUGUCUGCCCAUACUCGUGGCAGUGGGUAGAGGGUAACAUGCUUAGAGCCAUUGUGAGGUGGUCCCUCCUCAGAUAGUUAACUUUAUGUAUCUUGAAAAAAUACAGUUAAAAAAAAAUAUAUACGUAUAUAUAUACAGUACAUAUUUAUUUUUUGUGGGGGGGGAGGGUUAACAAAUUUUAGUUUAAUACUUUUUAACGUGCUGGGUACAAAAUUAUCAGAGCAAGCGAUAAAUACUGUGUACAGUAUUUUAAUGUUUGUCAGCUGUACUAGACUCUGUUGGGGAUGUGUAAAUGUUACACUUAAGACUACAGUAUUAUGAAACGUCAUUAAUACUGUACAGUACUGCACCUGCAACCAAAUAUAACACGUCAUUAUACAGUAAUAUUAUACAGAAGACACCCGAGUAAGAGGAAAACACUGUACACUUAACAAAAUUAAAUCAAUUAAGCUUUUUUAAUUCGGGUAAAGUAUAUGUUGAAGUACAUUGUGGGUAUACUGUAUGUGGCAUAGUGAUAUAUUUUACUAAAUCUAAAUGUAAUUUUUAAUAAUGUAUUUGCUGUUCUAUAUCCAAGAUAGACUAAAGUGAGUCAUGAACAUUCUAAAAUGAAAAACAUUUACUGUACUUCCAAAACCUUUAUUUGCAAUUUAUACUAAAGCAAGUAUUUCACAUUACAUGAAAAAAUAUUGUGGCUUCAAAACUAUAUACAGUAUUGACUUAGUUAUAUGCAUAUCUUGUUUUGUUAAUUUUUAUUACAUUGUUGAUUAUUAAGUAGAUCAUUAUAUUCCUAGUACAAUAGUGACAGGAGAUUUAUCUAAGAGAGGAGAGAAAUUAUUAGGCUCUUGUAGAUGAAAGUCAGAUAGACAAGAGUGUUUCCAAGGGUCCAAUUAUAUCUGCAUGUGUCUACAAUAUGUAUACAGUAGUAAUCUUUUCCUUACUGUAGAUCAGAGAGUAAGAUAAAGAAUUAACAAACGCUAGGUAGUAGGAACAAUCAGACGCUGCAUCAUACAUUGCCAUGUUUACUUUCUUGUGAUAAUAUUAUUUACCUGUUGAUUUAGUAAUAAUUUGGGGCAGUCAUCAGCAGCCAUUAGAGGAUGUGUUGUCCCUCUGCUUUACCAAAAUAUAUCAACUUUUUUAUUUAA